UCUCUCUCUCUCUCUCUCUCUCUCUCUCUCAGACAAUGAACUUAGGAGAUCUUUUCAAAGGAAAGGAUGGUAAAAAGCCACAAAAAUCAAGUGCUAAUAGCCCGAGUGCCAUGCCAGCAAUGCAGCUGGUUUUGAAUGCCACCAAAGGUGCAACAGAUGCGUUUUCUUUUGUUGGAGGUCAUGUGAAUCGCUCGUUAGGAAAGAUGGGAGUGAAGAACAUCAAUCAUGGUGUUGGUUUCGGCCACGGUUUUGGUUUCGGUCAUGGUUUUCAAACUGGCCUUUCUGUAAAGCCUAGCAUCGCGCAUCGGGUUCAAUCCUGUUUCAGACAAGUGAUGCUGAAGAUGAUGAUGAAGACGGGAAUUGUGUCAAACAUCCAAGGACCCUUGCAAAGUGGCCUGACCAUCAUAGGUGGGACUUCUAAUGGGAAUGUUCAAACCACGGUUGGAAGUAUUAUGAAGUUGGCAUCUGAAACUACCAAAACCACAUCGCUUGUUCCGACAGGAGAUGGAAAUUUGUCUAUGGAAUCUAAAUAUUCAUCCUUUACUCCGAAAGUAUCCAUUGGAAGCCAGUCUGAAAAGGUCAUCAGCAGUUUCUUGCAGAAUCCGAAAUCUAGGGAGGAAGAGGAAAAGGAAAUUGGUGAAUUGGCUAGAUGGAUGAGAUCGGAAAACAAUGUGCUUCAAGUGCUGUUAAAACACCAACAAGUCAUUGAAGAACUGAUAGAGGAGAAUGAGAAGCUGCGCAAGAUUCUCAUUGAAGACCUCAAGGUUUCUCCUAGCAAGCUUCAAGCCAGUAAUGAGAGCAGAACCAAAUCCACCACCCCUUCUGCAGAUUGCUUCGAAUGCCGUAGAAAGCAGAGAAAAUCAACUCCAUGACAAGUUUCCCAAAGACCCACAUCAACUUUCAGUUUCUCCUAUUGAAAUUCAAUCUCAUACUACCCUCGAAGUCCUAUGCUACUUGUCUUUUUGGAUGCCCAAUUGGAUAAAAUUGCAAUAAUCCAGCUCAAUAUAGUAGAAGUGACCAAAGUCAAGGCAGCAUAAUUUUUUGCAAUUCAUUCUGUUUCAAGUUGAACAAGAAACAGUUGUAAUUUCUAUUUCGGGGCGAGUCAGUCAUCAGGAAUCCAGUGGAGAUGGCCCCGAGCUGAUCGUUUCCAGUUUUUUUACUUGAAUUAUUGCGAUUCAGUUAAAUUGAGCAUCCAAACACAGGUUUAUAGAUACUUAAAGAUCAGAGGAAAAAUGAUUGAUAGUGUGAAAUUAUCAGCCCUGGAUGGCAUUUUCUAUUCUUCUAUAUGCUUUCACCAGUAGACUAAACACCCUCAUUGUUGAAGUUUGUGGGAAGCUAAU